AUGACCAAGCCCCAACAUCUCUGCCUACUCGCUCUAGUCUCAGCAGCUCGCGGACUAACAUCAUUUCCAUGUUCAUUACUUCACAAGCAAUCACUAGAACAUACGUGUUCCACUGCUUUACGCUAUCAAGAUGAUGCCUUUGUUGAUGUGGAAGUCCUCAGUCACCAAAAGAUUGAUCUACUGCGAUCCCAAUCCAGAACGACAUCAGAAUCAAAGGACGAUGGUACUUCCUCAGCGGAAGCCAUAAUUUCAUACAGAGAAAUUAGGAUUCCAUUGGAUUGGUACCCUGAACGACAAAUAGUAGUAGGAAGAGAGGAAGAUGGUGCCGAGGGGUCUACUGCGUGUUCGGCUUAUCGACUGAAAGAAGGUACUCGGAUCGAAUCACACACAACAAUGGUCAAAGUAGUAGAAUGGAAGAAACAGCCUGGUGAUGUUGUGACUCAAGGUGAUAUCAUGGUCAUCCUACAAAAGAGUCAAAUAGAUUCCUAUGGAAGGACGGUCAACAAACAACGUAUUGAAGUGGCAUCCAAAGAGGAUGGAAUAUUGAAGACUAUUGUCAUUCCUCAAGGCGAAGAAUUGAACCUAAGAAAGCAAAAAUCGCGGUCAUUGAUUGCGCUCUUUCAUCCAACAUUGUUCCUUUCCAUUGAUAUUGAUAAAAGUACACGGAUGGAUACUGUUCUGCUCCGCCAGAUCCAACAACGAGAGGAGUCCGAGAACGCGGAAGUUGAAAGAAGGGAAAGCAAAGAACUCAUAAUCGAAAAAGAAUCUUCUCCUAUCGCGCUGGAAAUUGAAGGAGAGAAUGACGAAAACUAUACCGGAUCUUUCCAUAGAGCAUUCGAAACAAACCAAACCUUCAGUGAAGAAAAGGCUUCACCGACAUCAUCAAACGGAACGAAGACUAAACAAGAAGACAAUGGGAGCCAUAGAGUCAUUUCGGAAAAGCCAUUGUCAACAUCGUUAGACUCAACAAAUUUAGAGAGUGCACAACAAGACAACCACAAAGGCUACAAAAUCUCAGACGUCAAUAACAUAACACUUAUGGGUGACACAGAAGCCAUUCGUGCUAUUGAAUCUGGUAACGCAACCAAUAUGAAGCCUAACAGCAAAGUGGAAGACGACGUCGUGUUGGAUCACGAAAGAAUAGUUGAUCUGGCAGUAGUAGCUGUUGCCAAUCAAUUGUUUAGCAAUUUCGAUUCGACAGCGUCAAAACCAACUGAUCCUACAACGAACGCCAAGCUGCCCCAGAACGCAACAACAUCUAGGCAAGAAGCUCAGCCCAACAAAAUAAUGCAAGACGUGGUGCAUGCUAAUGACGACAAGGAUAUCCUUAAGCCUUUCAGAAACAUUGAAGACGAUGCCGUGUUAGACCACGACAGGAUAGUUGAUCUUGCAGCAAAGGCGGUGGUAAAUGAGUUGUUUGGUGAUCUCUAUUCGACAAUGUCAAAGACUACAAAGGCAAAACCAAAUGAACCCAUCUCAAAUAUCAAGCUACCUAAGAGCGCAACGACAUCCAAGCAAGACGUUCAGCACAACGUGGCAAUGCAAGAAGUAGUUCAUGCUUCCCAACAGGCAUCACCGAUUAAAAGUGAAGAGGACUCUCGACAAAGCAAGGAGAAGCCAUGGGGAUCCAAAAAGUCGGAAGUCUUUACCGUAAUCGUUGAUUUCUUUACCGAAAACUUCCAGAAGACCCAUUCUUGA